GGAGGUUACUCUUCCUUUCGUACGUCUAAAUCCUCUCUUCGGCAUCAGCUUCCCGCGAUUAAAAAUCGAGGAAUUUUCCUAAAAAUUAAGAAUUUGUUUGGUGAUCUCAUUAUAGCCAGCUUCCAGUCAUUAGGCUACUUUCUUUAAGGUUAUUACAAGUUAUGGCAGAUACUACUGCAAGUACCGGAGAGGUUUACCCAGAUGAUAUUCAGCAGCUUCUCACAAAGCAUUCCAAGUACCACGAUGUUGGUUCACUUGCGUUUGCGGCAUAUCUAAUCCGACAAGCAGAGAUAACCGAACAAAACCGUGAGGCUUUCAGAAAGGAAUUAUCUUUGAUGAAAGAAUUGUAUUCUAAACUUGUCAUUCAGAGAGAUACUUCAAGUAUGGAAAUAAAAACAUUAUCUGAAAGACAAAUGUCUUCUUGUGAAGAAUUGGCUAAGAAGGUACUAUUGGCUAAAAUCGAACCGCUGGAACUUGCUGGAAUACUCAAUGUACGAUUAGAUCUGGCAGAAGAACUGAAGGAAAGCUCUUCAGCAACAUCCAACGAUCCAGAAGAACCUUCUCAGGAUAUCCAUGGUAAAUUACAAUGUAUCUCUACCAAGAUCAAAGACCAUCGUGAACGUUUCAAGUGUUGUUUGAGUUUGCUUCAAAAUGUGAGCUAUUUUAAUAGUGUCUUGGAAUCUCGGUUAGAAAGAGAGGAGAGCAUAAUUAGACGAGGAGGACGCCGCCAAGAAGGAAAGAGAGGAGAACAUAAUUAGACAAAAGGAGGACGCCACCAAGAAGGUUAGACAAAAGGAGAAUGCCACCAAUAUCAAAAGGAGGCCGGAGACUAAAACAAUAAAAAGAGGAGGGACCUGGAUGCGUUCAAGAAGUAUGCUGUCUAACUAAAUUCUUGCUUCACGAUGCACAAUUCUUGGAUGCUGUUGAGUAAUCAGAUUUUUAUGGAGUGAUACUAGUUUUAAUUCAUUGACAACCUGACAUGUUAUUCUUAGCUGUUUGGUAAUGAAAAUUAUAUCACGGUCUUGAAAUGAUUUAAUACAAGUUGUAUGU